AUGCUCAUGUUUGACCAGCACACGGACAAGUAUUACUCUCAAGGACUUCCCGAACCGCCCACUCCACCACGUCCUCCACCCAAGAAACUCGCCGAGGUGCCGAACGGCGAGCCAAACGGCGAGGACAAGGGCAAAGCGCCUGAGGUUGCGCCUGCGCGUCCACCACCAGCGCAGCCGAGCACGCCCACGCGCUUUCCAGCCCCGACACCUGCUGGGACAAGUGGCGCGGGCCCCAGUGCGAGUGGGUCCGCGGCGCCACCAGGUCCCUCGCAGAGCCCACAGAACCAGGGCCCCAACCAGAACCACCUCCCGCCCCAUCUGCGCAUGCAGGCGGCCGCGCAGGCAAACGUGCAGGCGCAGGCGCUCGCGCUAGGUCAGAGCGGCGGUUUCAACCUCAACCCCAUGCUCAUGCAGGGUCGGCCGGCGGGGAUUAACCCAAUGUCACUGAUGGGUGGGAUGGGCGGGAUGCAGAUGGGACAGAUGGGGCCGCCAGGCGGUCCGCAGGGGCAGGGGCCCAUGGUUGGUGGAUGGAGCGGGGAGCAGGGGUUCCAACAGAACGGGUAG